AUGGAGCUCUCUGGCAUGCAGAGCCAUCUCCUCAUCCUCACUGAGCACUUGUGGUUCCUGUGGCCUCCCAGUCCUAGAAAUGCCUGCAUGUGCAUACCAGCAGACACUCAGUGGGCUCUGGCGGGUCUUCUCCCCAGGUCAGAGUCAAAGGAGCGGUGGCAGCGGCAGGGAAAGCGCAGCUGGAGCCCCCCGCCAUCCCGUUGGCGUGACCAGAACCGGGACCGGGACCAGUCCUCAUCAUCAGAUUCUGGAGAGGAGCGGGCCUGGACCCGCCACGGUCACUGGCGCUCAUGGUCCCCAAGAUCCUCUGCAUCCAGCUCGGCCUCCCCUGGGUGCUCCCAGAGCCCCGGGUUGACAGCCGCAGCGGUGGCCCUGAGCCAGCAGCAGAGCCUGCAGGAGCGGCUGCGGCUGCGGGAGGAGCGGAAGCAGCAGGAGGAGCUGCUCAAGGCCUUCGAGACGCCGGAGGAGAAGCGAGCGCGGCGGCUCGCCAAGAAGGAAGCCAAGGAGCGCAAGAAGCGGGAGAAGAUGGGCUGGGGCGAGGAGUACAUGGGCUACACCAACACUGACAACCCCUUCGGCGACAACAACCUGCUGGGCACCUUCAUCUGGAACAAGGCCCUAGAGAAGAAGGGGAUCAGCCACCUGGAGGAGAAGGAGCUGAAGGAGCGGAACAAGAGGAUCCAGGAGGACAAUCGGCUGGAGCUGCAGAAGGUGAAGCAGCUGCGGCUGGAGCGGGAGCGUGAGAAGGCCAUGCGGGAGCAGGAGCUGGAGAUGCUGCAGCGGGAGAAGGAGGCGGAGCACUUCAAGACGUGGGAGGAGCAGGAGGACCACUUCCACCUGCAGCAGGCCAAGCUGCGCUCCAAGAUCCGCAUCCGGGAUGGCCGGGCAAAGCCCAUCGACCUGCUGGCCAAGUACAUCAGCGCCGAGGACGACGACCUCGCCGUGGAGAUGCACGAGCCCUACACCUUCCUCAAUGGGCUCACUGUGGCCGACAUGGAGGACCUGCUGGAGGACAUCCAGGUGUACAUGGAGCUGGAGCAGGGCAAGAACGCUGACUUCUGGCGCGACAUGACCAUCAUCACGGAGGACGAGAUCUCCAAGCUCCGCAAGCUGGAGGCCUCUGGCAAAGGCCCAGGCGAGCGCAGGGAGGGCGUGAACGCCUCUGUCAGCUCCGACGUGCAGUCCGUGUUCAAAGGCAAGACCUACACACAGCUGCAGGUCAUCUUCCAGGGCAUUGAGGGCAAGAUCCGGGCUGGCGGCCCCAACCUGGACAUGGGUUACUGGGAGAGCCUGCUGCAGCAGCUACGUGCACACAUGGCCCGCGCCAGGCUCCGUGAGCGCCACCAGGAUGUGCUGCGGCAGAAGCUGUACAAGCUGAAGCAGGAGCAAGGUGUGGAGAGCGGGCCCCUGUUCCCCAUCCUCAAGCAGGAGCCGCCGUCCCCCAGCCAGAGCCUGGAGCCCGAGGAGCCGGUGCUGACGCUGCCCGGGCCCUCAGCAGAGGACGGCCCCCCGGAGGAUGAGGCGGCCCCGGAAGAGGGCGGAGGGGACGGGGACGGGGACGGAGAGGCGGUGCUCAUGGAGGAGGACCUGAUCCAGCAGAGCCUGGACGACUAUGACGCGGGCCGGUACAGCCCACGCCUGCUCACGGCGCACGAGCUGCCACUGGAUGUGCACGUGCUGGAGCCGGACGAGGACACGCAGCACCUGCAGCUGUCACGACAGCAGCUCCAGGUCACCGGCGAUGCCAGUGAGAGCGCCGAGGACAUCUUCUUCCGGCGUGCCAAGGAGGGCAUGGGCCAGGACGAGGCGCAGUUCAGCGUGGAGCUGCCGCUCAGCGGCAAGGCCUACCUGUGGGCUGACAAGUACCGGCCGCGCAAGCCGCGCUUCUUCAACCGCGUGCACACCGGCUUCGAGUGGAACAAGUACAACCAGACCCACUACGACUUCGACAACCCGCCGCCCAAGAUCGUGCAGGGCUACAAGUUCAACAUCUUCUACCCCGACCUCAUCGACAAGCGCUCCACGCCCGAGUACUUCCUGGAGGCCUGCGCCGACAACAAGGACUUCGCCAUCCUGCGCUUCCACGCGGGCCCACCCUAUGAGGACAUCGCCUUUAAGAUCGUCAACCGCGAGUGGGAGUACUCGCACCGCCACGGCUUCCGCUGCCAGUUCGCCAACGGCAUCUUCCAGCUCUGGUUCCACUUCAAGCGGUACCGUUACCGCCGGUGACAGCGGGCACUGAGCCUCGGGCUAGGGGGGCACCGCCCCCCACCGGAGCUCCCACUUCCGCCUCCCCCCUGCCCUGACGAGGGCUUGGCUGCUGGACUGACUUUGGAGAGUGGGGGACGGGCAGCCUCAGCUUGGAGUGUGGUGGGAGGGGUCCGGCAGCUGUCAGCAGACGUCCCCGUCCAGGUGGCCCAGGAGCCACCCACUCACCCGCCCUGGAAGAUGCGGGAGGAGCCAGACCAGGAUGCCGGUCAGCUGCCUCAGGACAAGACGACAGCUCACUGGGGCCAGAAGUGCCCCGGGAGCAGGGAUCUACCGGGCAGCAGGAGGAACGCAGGGCCCUGCAUGGAGCGUCUGGCCUGAGGCGGGAGCGUGAGGAGACCACGUCCAGCCGGGCACCUCCCAGAGCGUCGGUCAGCCAGGGCCACGCAGGUUCCCACGCGCAGCUUCUGCCUGUCACGCCUGCGUACACUGCGUCUGUGUCAUCAGUCUUCAGGGGGCUCUGAAGUGCCACCUCUGGCUCCACACAAGUCCUGUCUCAUCUGGAAAUCAUUUCCCUCUGUGUAUCUGGAAAACUUUUUUUAAGUGGGAAUAAAAACCUUGUUUUAUUUUCAUUGCUUGGUGUCCAUGAGCAGGCCUGUGUUUGUGAUGAGCAUUUCAUCUUGAGUCAGUUGGCAGAGAGCGUGGGGCCACCGCACCCGAGCAGUGACGUCCUGCAUACCACGGUGUCCCUGUCAGCUGAGCAGCCUUCACACCCACAGCGGGACACCUAAAAAUAGUCAGCGCCUCAGGCCUCUUGUCUCGGCCCCGCCAUCACUGCUGCUUUCUGAGUGGGAGACAGUCGUCCCUUCUGGUAGGAUGGACAGCAGGAGGUCAGAAGUGCUCACUUAGGCCACCAUGCUUUUGGGCACCAUGCGUGGCCGUCCCUCGGGGCAGCUCUUGCCAUGAGUAUGUGAAGCCCUCCUUCACGCAGUGCCUAGAUCUGCCCUGAGUGUCCGUGAUGCCAGGACUGAAAUACUGCAGUAGAGGCAAGAGCAGGUCCCCCACUGUCACCACCCUAGCCUGACUUCUGACACUGAGGAGCCUCUCACCACGGACCAACCUGGUCCAGGUAUGUGUGGCAGCACUCGGACCUGUCCGUCCCAUCCGUUCUAGUCCGAGCCUGUGGCAGACAUUGCUAGUCAAUCGCAGAGCGACAGAGCAGUGCAUCUAGGCAUCCUCUACCAGUUGAUUGCCGAGCUAAGCUACCUAUGGUUGAGUGUGGGCUGUGUCCCAGCUCCUGUGGCAGGGCUAAGUAGAGACUCUCCAGAGACGCUUUGACUCCAGCUCAGCGCUUGUCAAGAAAUGGUGAAUAGGCUGGAGCUUUAGCUCAGUGGUGCCGCCACCUGCCUCAAGCACAAGUACCUGAGUUCGAUCCCCAAUACCAAAUAAUAAUAACAAUGGGGAAUAGGACACGGCAGCGCAUGCCUGUCAUCUGAGAUGGGAAGAUGAGGCAGGAGGAUUAUAAAUUCAAGGCCA